AUGGUUACUGGUAAUUUUAAUUUGGAAAAAUUAUUGAAAAAUCUCAAGAAAAAAACUGGUAAAAAGGCAGAAAUCUUGACGAUGAAUGAGAAAGUUGAGAAAGAAGAUGUUGUUCAAAAUGAAGCUAAUGAACAAGAGACAGUUACAAAGAAGAAUGAAGAAGGUGAUAUAGUCGACAAAAAAGAUGAGACUCCUGAAGUAGAAGAAAAAAUUGACAAACCUGAAACAAGUACAAGAAAACUUGAAAUACAUAUAGCAUUUCUAAGUGAGAAGUAUGAGGCAGACAUCGGAAAAGUUAUUUCUAAAUUCGAAGGGGUCAAAACAUGUAAGGUCGAUGUAGAAAACAAAAAAGUUGUCAUCACUGGCGAUUUUGAUGAAGAGAAAUUGUGGAAAGAACUUGAGGAAAAAAUGCGUAAAAGGAUAGUCAAAAUGGAAAAGGAAAAAAAGGACGAUGAACCUAUAACGAAAGAUGAAGAAAAUGAAAUUGAUAGAGGUGUUUAUAUGAACCCUAGUAGUGAUGAUGAGAAAGAAAUGGCUAGAUGGAUGAUGUUUAGUGAUGAAAAUCCUAAUGCAUGUUCUAUUUCGUAA